AUGAUGUUAAGAGAUGAGAACACGGGACUUGUGCUUGUUCAUAUGAGACCUAGUGAAAAUGGAAAAACAUGCCCAAUAGCCCAAAAGGUAUUCCAAAUCGCUGUUGGCUGUGACACUUCUAAAUACAUUGCUAUUAAAGGAUUUAAAAAUGAAGGAUGUCUUCAACAUGAUCUGUUUUAUAUUAUUGAAAAGUCAUAUCUGAGGCAUCAACCACAAAAAAACUUGAGAGUGAAAUAUGACUGGAAUAAAUAUGGCUGCCCAUUGAAACUUGAUUUCAGAAAAAAAUCAUUUCAUCCUUUGCUUCAAUUAUACAAUGACAGUGGCUAUGUCGAAGAUAUUACUGUAAAUUUCAUUGUGUGGGAAAUACAUGGCAGGAAUGACUAUAGCUUUAGCAAUACUAUGAAGAAGAGUGGUUGUUUACAUGAAGCCCAGACAUGGAAAUCAAUGACUGAACUUAACAAGGAUCUCCCAUUAGAAGAUGCCUGGGGACCUCAGAACUAUAAGCACUGUUUUUCUUAUGCUAUUGGAAAACCAGGAGACUUAAAUCAACCAUAUGAGAUUAUCAACAAGUCUAACCAUAACCAUUUAGUGUGGCCUAUGGAUCAUGCUGGAAUGUAUGUGUUCCGUGUGAAGAUCCUGGAUCCAAACUACAGUUUCUGUAACCUAACGGCUACAUUUGCGAUAGAGACCCCGGGCGUGAUUCCCAGACCAAGUGGCUACGUGGUUGGUGCUAUACUCUUUCUUCUGAUGCUCAUAGUAUUCAGUAUUCUAGUUUUGAGCUACUUUCAUUAUAUGAAGAUUUAUAAAAAAUACGUUUAUGAACCAACUGACACACAUCAAGGAAAACGAAAAGAUAAUUAAGAAAAUUUAUUAUGGAUAUAUGUAUGCAGAAGAUGUGUGAUGAUAUAUUUAUUUUGAGAGUGUUUUAUGACCAAGAAAUACUAAAUAGAAUACUAAAUAUUAUCAUAUUAUUCAAUAUCUAAAAAAGUCCCCUCAAAAAAUUGUUCCUAUGUUUUCUCCAAGUAGAAAUA